AUGAAUAGUUCAAUAUUUGAUAACAAUUUCAAUAUACCAAUAAAAUAUAAUGUUUCGGAAUUAUCAUCUGAAUUAUAUGAUGGUUAUGUAUGUCCAAUUUGUUUUGAAAUAUAUUAUAAAAAAGAAGUUUACCAAUGUAAAGAAGGUCAUUGUUCAUGUAAAGAAUGUUGGGAAAAAUCACUUGAAAUAAAUAAAGAGUCAAGACAAGUUGAAAAUUUGUUGAUGAAAACUGGUGUAUGCUGUCCAUAUUCAUUCAGAAAUAUUCUUAGAGUAGAUGAUAAUGAAGAAUUAAUAAAAGAUAAUGAAGGAUGUAAAGAAAUUAUUAAAUUGGAAAAUUUAGAUAAUCAUAUUGAAAUAUGUAGUUUUAGAUUUAUAAAAUGUAAAUAUCAUAAAAAAGGAUGCAAUGAAAAAUUCAGAUUCAGUAAUGGUGAUUUUCACAUUCCCCGAUGUGAGUACCAAACAAUAAAUUGUGAAUAUUGUUCUAAUGGUUACUUAUUAAAAACAAUCGAACAACAUAGUCUCGAGUGUCCUUCAAAGUUAGAAUACUGUUCUGGAUGUAAUAAAAAAUUUAAAAGAGCAGAAAUGAAUUAUCACUUGGAUAAAGAAUGUCCAGGGGCAAUUAUUCCAUGUAAAUUUUCACAAUUUGGAUGCAAUUACAAAAUAAAAAGAGAAAAUUUAGAAAAUCAUUUAGAUCAAAUAGACCACACAAAACAAUUACGUGCAAUAAUUGAUAGUUUAAUUAUUAAAAAUGGUGUACUUUCAGAUUGUAUCGAUGAGUUAGCUAAUGGUAAGAAACUUUUGAUUUCAAAAAUAGAAAAUUUAACCUAUAAUAAUAAUCUACUUUCAGAUAGAAUUGAUGCUUUAACUAAAGGUAAAGAAUAUAAAAAUAAAUGGAUUAUUUCAAACUAUUCAGGAAUACAUAAAAUUGAUUCACCUAAAUUUGAAUAUCCUCCAAAUUUAUUUAAAUUAUUUUUUUUUAAAAAUGAUCAUUGUGGAGCUCAUAGAAUCUUUUUAACCUCACUAGAUGUAACAUUCUCAAUAACUUUAUUAAACAAAGAUACUCAAAUGAACUACAUUUGUCCAGAUGAUCCACUACCAUCAAAAGGAAGAUGGUACACAAUUAAUUUCGAAUUAAAUAAAACAAAUGGAUAUGUAACACAAGAUGACAAAGUUGAAUUUGAAUUUACACUUACAUAUCCGAAACAAAUGCCAUUGUUAUCAUAA